AUGGGUUUUCAGGAUGCGCUGGUGAUGGGUGUUCAGGAUGCGCUGGUGAUGGGUGUUCAGGAUGCGCUGGGUGUCAAUAUCGUGGAGCAUGCUGCUGUCGGCAGUUCCAUGGGUGCUGAGAAGGGUUGUUGUGCCCUUGACUAUGGGACCAUAGACAGCCUUGAUCGCAGCAAAGAAGUUCUUUCACUCAUUGCGGUCAGCGUAACCAUGGAUUUCCUCGCCGUUGCGAGCCAUCCAAGCAUCCUGCAUUUCCCGCAGCUGCUGUUGCACAAGUUGUGA